AUGAAGCAUGGAGUCGCGUUUAGAAAGCUUUCAAGAACAAGCUCACACCGCAUGCUUAUGUUAAGAAACAUGGUGACCUCUCUUCUCGAACAUGGCCAGAUCAAGACCACUGUUGCAAAAGCGAAAGAGACCGCUCGAUUAACCGAGAAAAUGAUUACUCUGGGAAAGAGAGGUGACAACACAGCAAAACGUCAGGCAGAAGCGUUUCUCAUGAACCACAGCAAAACCAUACCUGUACUCUUUGACACUUACGCUAAACGUUAUGCCCAACGGCCCGGAGGCUACACUCGCAUCCACAAGUUCGGCAACCGACCCGGCGACAAUGCACCUCAUGCUAUUAUUGAACUUGUAGAUGGCCCACAUGACAUUAAGUUUGACCUUACUGCUAGAGCGGUUGGAAGAGAAACUGUUGAACAAAACAUUGUUAAUGGGGAUUUUACGAAACGCCCUCCUGUCAGGCCUGAGUUGGCGCAUUCCAGCCCGCUGCGUCCACGCACGGCACUCAAUGUAUUUAAAGUACUGAGAUAUCGCUCGGAAGAAGACCGCCGGAAGUUUGGUGAGAGGGCUGCAGAAUGGGCUGUGAGUGCUGUGCGAACCAAUUUCUGGAGGUCACGUACCUGA